AUGGAAUUGCCUGCAGGGUAAGGCAUUAUGCUUGUUUUUCUUUGGCUUUUAGAUCCAGAUAAAACCGUUUAUGCCAACGGACCAAAGGUUUUUGCCUUUAAUUCUUGUUUUCAUGACCCAGUUUGUCAAAAGUCUUUAUUAGGCAUAAAAACAAGGUCUUUGGUGUGGUGAACAAUAUCAGUGAUAACUGGUUUCUAAAUUGAUCAAUUGAUUUGGUUUUUUGGUAUUAUUUUAGAAAUAUUUUGAGCUUUAUACACUCCAAAAAUAAUAUUUAUAUUCUAGCUUUUAAUUUAUCUACAAACAAAUGUUGGUAUAGAGCUUUUGGAUCCAGAUGUCAUGUGUAUAGAUCAUAACUAAUUGCUUUUUAAACUGAAUCUUUUAGUUUUUUGAUAUAUUAAAAAACCAAUAUUAACGUUUAAUUUUAGCGAGCGGAUGGUGAUCGAAGCCAAGCCGGACAACGAGUUUUUGGCCAAAUUGGCGGCCGAUGUUAUCAUCAAGAACUCGGCGCAAAUUUUAUUCAAUCCAAAACAACAAAUUGAUGGAAAUCAUGGGUAUUUGCGACAAAACGAUGUAGAAACAAUCUUACGACAAACAGAAAACUAUUCCAGGGUUCCAAACCCUAAGUUCUUUGAGUAUUUGGCAGAUGGAGAGAGGUAUCCUACUUCAAUAUUGCCUAUCAAAGGAAAUGCCAUUUCGGAUAAGGUGUUCUUUGAUAUUUUGGUUGGACAGAAGAAUACAUUGUUGGAUGUGGACUUGGAAGGCAAUUCGGUAUGUUUUUGGGUUUAUUUUUGUUGGUUUAGGUAAAAAAUUUUGAAUUUUGCUUUUUAUGGUCAAAGCUGAGUUUAUAACCAUAUAAUGAUGAAAAAUCACAUUUAUAAUGUUAAAAAUUGCAGAGCCUUGGCACAAAGCAGCUAUUAGACUUCCUUGAAGCCAGUAAAGAUAAUCUACCUCAACUUGAAAGUCUAAUCGUAUCAGAUCAGCUACUAUUCGAUGUAUAUGAACAUAUGCCUUCAAGUCAUCGAGCAGCACCAUUGGCAUUUGGUGAUAGUGUGCCAUUUGCAGACGAUGAAGCAGAUUCAUGCGAACUCAAUCAUCCUCAAUGUCGAUUUGAAAUCCAACUCGCCAAAAGUUUCGUCGCCAGUAUUUACAGCGGAUGUAAUUUGGAGACGACAAAACAUUUCACCCGGUAUUUCCCUACCGUGAGGAAGCUGAAAAUGCUCAAGAAGAACGUGUUCCAUCAGCUUUACGAGAAUCGACCAAUGUUUUUCGACCGAAUUUUGAAGCCUUUGAAAGAGUUGGAGAGUCUCGAGUUGUAUAGAUGGGACAAGAUGGGUAAACUGACAUUUUUAAUGCCAUUCACGGAGACUCUGACUUCAUUGGUGUUGUAUGACUGUCCUGAUGUACAUAACUCUAUUAUGGAGCUUUGCGAGCUUAAAAAUUUACAGUAAGUUUUUUGUUUUGAUAAUUUUAGGUAACGAACGGUUUAAGGAAACAUUUUUUUGUUAAAUAGGUAUUUUUUGUGAUCUAAAGAUGGGGGUUUUAUUUGUAAUCUUUAAAUGGCUGUUUUUGAUGAUUUUGUUACCUAAAUUAACAUUUUUUAAAAUUUAAUUAAACUCGAAAAAUUAUUUUUAAAAAUAUUUUACAAUUUAAAAUUAAAAAAUAUUAUUUUAAGUUUUCAAAUUGUAGAAAACUUGACAUUGCCUUUGCGGUAAUUACAAAUGGUAUGUUCAACAAUCCAGUACGAACUCUGCACCGCCUUUGUGCGGCUCUACCUAAAUUAAAGUACCUCGACAUUGCCAAUAGUAAUUUGACCUCAGCUGCCACUUCAGAUGAUCGGCCUCAUCGGUAGGUUUUAUUUUUUUUGAAUUUUAGAUAAUAUUUUGAAUUUUUUUAAUUGGAGAAUUUUUUUGAAAUAUCAUAACAAAAAACGCCUUUUUUGGUGUUCUAGGUAAAACUUUGGAAAAAAUCUUAAUAUAAAAUCUUUUUUAGACAAACUUUAAGUUGUUACCUAAAAUAAUAUAAAUUUUAGACUGAACUACGUCCAAACCGACAUUUACGGUCUAGAUGGUUUGGAUCAUCAACUUGAUUUCUUGAGCGUUUUUCGCUGUGAAAACAUUACAGCCAAUGCCAUUUUUCCAGCCAAAGUAGUGUGUUCAGACUUGGAUGAAGAACAUUUGUUGAUUGCCAUGGACACGUAUAUGGACAGAACUGAACUGCUACAUUUGGUAUUGAAUGAGCUUUAUCAGUUUUAUAGGAUCAAUCAACAGGUAGGGUUUGGUGGGGUUGAAAUGGCGUAAAAUGGCAAGAACUUUCUUUACAAAACAUAAAAUGGCUAGAACUUUCUUUACAAAAAUUGGGAUUUAUUGUAUAAAUUGUCACCCGCAAGCUGCAGAACUACCAGAUUUGUUAAUAUAAACAAAAAUUCAAAUUUCAGGUUGCAUGUGAAUAUGCCCGAGGCCUUGAUUUGAUUAUCAGAGCUCUUCAGAAGCACAGGAAUCACAGAGCAGUUCAAAUUGCAGGCACUGCCGCCGUAUUUUACAUUAUCAGGAACGUUCAGUUGAGCGCUGCCGUGAAACGACGAGUCGUUGAAGUUAUGUUAGAUGGUAUGUUACUUUGGCAUUUCUAUAUUGGUUUUACUAGUUUUUUGAUUUUAAAACUUAUUUCAAUGAAUUUAUAUGAUUUUUGAGACAGCACUUAAUAAAACUGUCAUUUUAGCGAUGGAAACCUUCCCCGACGAGACAGUCAUCGUCCGCAACUGUUGCCUAGCCGCCUGCCAGCUAGAAGUACCAGGCGAUGUCGCCUUUGCCUACCGAAGAAUGGUCAAAAUCCUAGUGCAUAUCCUGAACAAUCACUACGCUGACAUUACUACCCCAAGAGUUGUUGUAUAUCUAUUGAAUUCAAUGGCAUGUCACGUAGAAGGCGAUCACAAGGUCGAAGUGGGCAAUUUCGGAGCGAUCGAAGCUGUCGUUGAUCACAUUCGGCGUAAAACGAAACGAAGAAUCUGUGAUGAAGUGUUGGAAGUGAGCUGGAGUUUUUUGUGGAAUGUUACCGGUAGGUUUUUUUUGUUAUUUGUUGUAAUCUGCACAGUGCAAUUUAUUAAUUUUGGCUUUGCACGGUGCAGUUGAGUUGAGAUAUUACACAAUUAGAGAAGAUAAGAUGGUUUUGAACUGAAAAUUUUGAUUUAUAAGCAUAGUGAAACGUAGAUUAUGGCAUAUUUCUUACAAAAGCUUUUGGGCGAUUUUUACUUGUGAAAUUUAAAAAAAGAAAGUUAUUGCACGGUGCAUUGAAUUUGAAGCAAAGAAAAGAAAUAUAAGAAAUUAUGAGUUUGGAUUAAAAAUGAGGAUUUCGAGCCUUUUUUAAAUUAAAUUUUAAUAUUUUUGUCACAAAUAUCUUGAGGCGAUUUGCACGGUGCAUAAUUUUUAAAUUUAAAAUUUUUGCACCGUGCAGUCGAUUUAAAAACAUUGUUUUGGAAGUUUUGGUAUUUUAGGGUAGGGUAGGUUAUAGAAUUGUAGAAUAGUAUAAGAUAAAGUUACUUUAUUUAUUUGAUAUGAAUUUUAAAUUUUUUAAAAAUUAAAAAAUUUUUUUUAAAUUGGCUUUUUACUUAAUGUAAAAUUGACCUUUUUUCAGACGAAACCCCAUUGAACUGUGAAAUGUUUCUAAAAUCGGGUGGAAUGGACCUCUUCCGACGAUGUUAUUCAGAAUUUUCGACCAAAAAAGAACUCGUUCGAAACAUGAUGGGUCUAGUUGGCAAUAUCGCCGAAGUAGAAGCUCUAAGGUUCUACUUGAUGCACGAUGAAUUGAUUCGCAUUUUCAUGAGCUUGUUGGAUCAAAUGAGCGAUGGAAUCGAAACGAGCUACAACAGUUCAGGGGUGUUGGCACAGCUGUUGAGCGAUGGAGUUCAGAAAUGGACUUGUAAUGUGUCGCGGGAUGAGGUUACCAAGAAGAUUGUUAAGGUCGGGUGUGGGGAUUGGUAGGGUAAUAUGGAAAGCUUAAAAUUUUGAAAAAAGGGGAAAAAUGAUCUAAAAAUUUUUAAAAAUGACUUUAAAAUCUAUAAAACUUGUAUUUCCAGGCCACCUCCCAAUGGCCAAUGGACUCGCGUCGCUACAUCAACUACCGCUCCUUCAAGCCCAUCAUCCGACUCAUCCCAAUGUUCGAUUCGCACGGUUCACAGAUCUGGGCCCUCUGGGCAUUGGCCAACCUGACAACAACCGACGGUGAAAAGUAUUGCCAAUUCAUUGUGAAAGAGGACGGUCUUCAAGUUCUACAGAGUUUAGCCAACGACAAACGAUCGAACGAUCGGAUUCUGGAGCUAGUCAAUCAGAUCAUGAACAAUCUGAAUAUGAAUCUUGGGCUACCUGCAACUGCUUUGUUGGAGCUUUGA